AUGGUCGCUCUAUCGAUGGCCGACGGGUAUGCAAGAUUGACAGGAAAACCGCAAUGUGUGAUCGUACAUGUCGACGUCGGCACCCAGGGUCUCGGGGCUGCCGUGCACAAUGCCUCCUGCGGGCGUGCGCCAGUUUUAAUCUUCGCGGGUCUAUCCCCGUUCACGCUGGAGGGCGAGAUGCGCGGUUCCCGCACCGAGUACAUCCACUGGAUCCAGGACGUGCCUGACCAGAAGCAGAUUGUCUCGCAGUAUUGCCGCUACUCGGCGGAUAUCCGGACAGGGAAGAACAUUAAGCAAAUGGUUCACCGGGCAUUACAGUUUGCUACGAGUGAUCCCAAGGGACCUGUUUACCUUGUUGGAGCACGCGAGGUCAUGGAGGAGGAGAUUCAGCCGUAUAGAGUCAAUCCGCAUGCGGCGAUUGGGGUGGCGCCUUCGGCGCUCCCUUCGGAGGGAGUCGAACUUAUUGCGUCUGAGCUUGCUGCAGCAAAAGAUCCGUUGGUUAUUGUGGGGUAUUCUGGGCGUGAAGCUCGAGGAGUGAAGGAGUUGGUGACCUUGGCGAAUACGUUCAAAGGCGUUCGUGUUUUGGAUACUGGUGGAAGUGAUAUGUGUUUUCCGGGAGACCAUCCUGCGUCAUUGGGGCUGCGCUAUGGCUUGCAUGAUGCCGUCAAGACAGCAGAUCUCAUCCUUGUGGCUGAUUGCGAUGUGCCCUGGAUACCCACGCAGUGCAGGCCUUCAGAAUCCGCCAAGAUCAUCCAUGUUGAUGUUGACCCCCUCAAGCAGCAAAUGCCCGUUUUCUAUAUCCCUUCCGUUGCGACAUUCCGAGCCGAGUCGGCAACUGCGUUCAAGCAGGUCAAUGAGUAUGUCUCGUCGAACGAGCAAUUAAAGCAGGUGGUCAACUCAGAAGAAAACACAGCGAAAGGGAAACGCCGAGAAGAGGAAUUCCGGAAAGCACGACAUGCUAUAACAGCGCUCGCAGUAACACCACCAGGCGGCGAUGACGCACCUCUGAAUGCCCCUUAUCUCAUCAGCCAGAUCCGAAAGGGUUGCCCAAUCGACACUCUGUGGGCGAUCGAAUCUGUAACCCUUACUCCAAUCGUCUCCGACCAGAUCGCCGCCACGAUCCCGAACUCCUGGAUUAACUGUGGCGGCGGUGGUCUGGGUUGGUCAGGCGGCGCGGCCUUAGGAAUCAAGCUCGCAACAGACGUCGAGCAUGGCGGAUCCAACAAAGGGAAAUUCGUCUGUCAGAUUGUCGGGGACGGAACAUAUCUCUUCUCCGUCCCAGGAUCCGUGUACUGGAUUGCACGAAGAUAUAAUAUCCCGGUGCUGACGAUCGUCCUGAAUAAUAAGGGCUGGAAUGCGCCGCGGAAGAGCAUGCUGCUGGUGCACCCCCAUGGAGACGGGUCACGCGCUACAAAUGAAGAUCUCAACAUUUCGUUCGCACCUACCCCUGACUACCCUGGAAUCGCCAGGGCAGCGUCAGGAGGCCAUAUUUGGGCAGGUACUGCAGCCACAGUUGCCGAGCUGGGUAAGCUCCUCCCGGAGGCUAUUCAGAGUGUGUUGAAUGGGACGGGCGCUGUUUUGGAGGCUCAGCUGGACGGGACAACUGGCAAAUACGUCGCGAAUUCGUCGCAAUAG